UCUCUCUCUCUCUCUCUCUGACUGAAAAUAGAUCCAGCUGGGUUUGGUUUGGCGAUCAUUGGCUCGCGUUUCCACCACAUUUUUUCUCCACAAUAAGCGGACAGUACUGACUUUAAACCGAACCGGAGGAUUUACCGCCGUCUCCUCGGGCUCCACCUCGCUCCCGUCCCAGCCUCCGUGCUGUCCGUGCAGCUUUCACACUCGCACAUAAAUAUUUUACACACCGUUUCUCCGUGGUUGCUGCCUCCGCCGCUGAAGUGAUGUCUGUCGCGGGGUUGAAGAAGCAGUUCCAUAAAGCCACUCAGAAAGUCAGCGAGAAAGUUGGAGGUGCGGAAGGAACCAAGCUAGAUGAUGACUUUAAAGAAAUGGAGAAGAAGGUGGACGUCACCAGCAGAGCAGUGUUGGACAUCAUGACCAAAACAACAGAGUACCUUCAGCCUAACCCAGCAUCAAGAGCCAAGCUGAGUAUGAUCAACACCAUGUCAAAGAUCCGUGGGCAGGAAAAAGGACCUGGUUAUCCACAGGCUGAGACCGUCCUAGGAGACGCCAUGUUGAAGUUUGGACGGGAGUUAGGAGAGGAGUCCAGCUUCGGCUUGGCCCUCAUGGAUGCUGGUGAGGCGAUGAAGGAACUCGGGGAGGUGAAAGAUGCUCUUGACAUGGAGGUCAAACAGAACUUCAUUGAUCCACUGCAGAAUCUUCAUGAUAAAGACCUCAAAGAGAUACAGCAUCAUUUGAAGAAGAUGGAGGGCCGACGUCUGGACUUCGACUACAAGAAGAAGCGUCAGGGGAAAGUCCAGGAUGACGAAAUCAAACAGGCACUGGAGAAGUUUGACGAGAGCAAAGAGAUCGCAGAGCAGAGCAUGUUUAACCUACUGGAGAGCGACAUAGAGCAGGUGAGCCAGCUCUCAGCAUUGGUCCAAGCUCAGUUGGAAUACCACAGCCGUGCCUCUGAAAUCCUCCAACAGCUCUCCAGGAAAAUGGAGGACAGGAUAAAAGAAGUGUCCAGUAAACCGAGGAAGGAGUACACUCCAAAACCCAGAAUGACACUGGAGCUGCUGCCCCCCAGCGAAAGCCACAAUGGAGGGAUACACUCUGCCAAAUCCCCAGGAAGAUCACCAGCCCCUAUGGACCAGCCAUGUUGUCGAGCGCUCUAUGACUUUGAACCAGAGAACGAAGGCGAGCUGGGCUUCAAAGAGGGGGAUGUCAUCACCCUGACCAAUCAGAUCGAUGACAACUGGUACGAGGGUAUGAUCAACGGCCAGUCGGGCUUCUUCCCCAUCAAUUAUGUGGAUAUCCUGGUGCCGCUCCCUCAUUAGGUCCUGUUACCAACCUUCCCCUCCCCCUCGACCAAUCCAGACACCCAGAAAACAGCCUGUAUUUGCAUAAACAACAAACCACGCCCUCCUUCAACUUCUUCUUCUUCUGUGCUUGUGUGCGAUUCUGCUUUCACAAAAUGGACUGAAACGAGAGAGGAGCCCGAGAUGGGAUGCAUAAGAUGAGGCAGUAGAACAGCGAUUAGAGUAGAAGAAGAAAGGGAGAGGAGGAUUAUAGCGUGAGAGAUGCAUAAGCAAGGGACUGAAAGAGAUGAAAAGACAAAGCAAUGAUGUUCUUUUAUAGCGCAGUGCUCGGCCGGGCAGCACAGAAUACCAGUGAGGCUACAGAGACUAAAGCACGGUGUAUAUGUACGUGCAUGUAUGUGUCUGUAUGUGCGUUUUGACCUGUUCUUACUGUAUUAUGAUCAAGCCAGCACAAAUUCCUGCUUGUCGGUUUAGCUGCCUGACAGCUUUUUUGUGAGACUGUCUUCUUUCUUCUUUUCUUGCUGUAUUUCUCUAAAAGUAACUGUUCUUUCUACCUUAACUUGCCUUCUUGUGCUCUUUUUCAUACCUAGAUUUUUCAGCAACUGUCACAGUUUUACCAGCUGUCUAUCUUUGUUACUUUCACUUGUCUUGUUAUUUUCUUUCACUGGGUAGCACUACCUUUUAGCAAGGCUCCAUACUCAGAUUGUAGACCAUCAAAAUAACAACCCAGAGCCACAGAUCCUUAGAGCUUACAAUUUAGGUAUAUUUCAACCUCUUUCUAGCUCUUUUUGUAACACCCUCUGCCUUUGCCGACACUGCAUAGCAUUUAAAUUCAGUGGCUGAAUGCAUGAUCCAGCCCCAAAAAAAAAAAGAUUCACAAUGUUGAAAUAAGCUUGGUCUUGCUAAAAUGGAAAAGAGAACAUUUAUCCACUCGUUUCGAAACCCAUUUAUCUUGUAAAAUGGGACUUUUAGGAGGGUUUUGAGGCUUGAGGAUCAAGAAACUCAUUCAACACAUCACUAAGCAGGAGUUCAAGUGAUGAAAAGGAGAAACUUGGGUUACUCUUUUUACCCAGCAGCACUGAUUUGCCAUCACAGCCACAGAUUAAUUUUAUUGAACAGAACCUUUCACCUUUUUUUACUUGAUGCAUAUUUGAACAUUCCAGUAUUCAUAGUGAGAAAGAAGUUUGCUUGUUUUUUCCUUUCUGUAUACUGUGGUUUCCUUGUACUCCGUGGAGUAGGUGCUUGCUUAUUUGUCUAACUAUGUGGCUUUUGCAUGCAUGAGUAUGUGUGGCUAGAUAUCUAAAAUCGCUGUUUUUCUUUUUUUUAAGCCUUCUUUAGAUUUUCAAUAACUGAGGCUCAGAACCAUAAUUAAUUAAGUUUGGGAGUUGAUACUCCCUUGCCAAAAGGCACAUCAGUAGGACAUGUAGUAGCUGAUAAACAGUUACAACUAGUGCUGUCAGCGCUAAUCUCGUUAAAAUGGCGUUAACGUCAUUUUAAUGAGAUUAAUGCUGACGGCACUAGUUACAACCAUUAAUAUCUACCCAACAAUCUAUCGGAGAAGUGUCAGUAAAGUCUACGCUUUAAUCUUUAGAGUGCAGUUAGGGGCCCGACUAUUUUACAUGAUCCUAGUUCCCACUAAACAAAGUUUCUGAAAUUCCUUGGUGAAUAUUUCAGAAUCUUUCCAACUUUAUAGUUAUUUAGCAAUGGGAAAUUUCUAGUAUUUCGCUCUCAAACACUAAAAGUCUCUAAUACUAGUAAGCUUUAUAUUGAAACAGUAAAGCAAGAUCAAAACAUUUUGCUGUCAUGAAACCUGCUGUAAUGCUAAUGCUAAAUUCCAGAUUCAUAUUGUUUCUGUCAAAAUCCCGAUAGCUCAAAUAUAGCUUACCAGGGAGAACAUCCUAUAUUUUUCCCUGGUCAUGAUACCAGAUACCUGUGGUUAAUGGCAGCUGACUGGGCCUACAAAGGUCAGUGCAGCUCAGAUGUGCCAUAUUCACAAUAGAAGUCAUGCGCUAAACAAUGUGCAUUGAACAAUAUCUAUAGUGUAAAGUUGCACACAAUGGAAUUAAUUCAUAGCAAUGUGGCAACCAGAGGCCAUAGGAAGUCCGUGACAUUCGGUGACUUCAAGCAACUAUGGCCAGAGUAACCACUGGCAAUGGGAAGUAGAUGGGAUCCGAGAUAAACUUUUUCAUCUUGCAGGUGAGCAACUGAAGUAAAUAACAAUGAAGAGUGAAGUCUAUUGAGUUUGGAAAGAAAAGCUUCGGGACUUUCAUCCAAGAAGCUUCUUCAAUUCUAAGAACUGAAGAAGCUUCUCAGAUGAUAGGUGAAACAUCUUCGAGAAACUUAAAGAAGUCCAGACGCUUUUCUUAACAAGCUCCUUAGACUAUGAUGACCUGGAUGACUGAGAACCCACAGACAAUGAAGAGUGAAUAAUACCUGUAUUGUCAUAUGACCUGAUAGUGAAUAACAAUAGAAGGUCACCUAGGCAACCAGUGGCCAGAAUACUCACAAGCAACCAACUGUCAGCUUCAAAGUAAUGUGUGACAACCAACAUCGCUUCUAGUGCGUAUGCUUCUAAAGGCAUCCAACUUUUUUUUAGCUUGCACUAAAGUUUUAGAAUCUUCUUUGCCUUCUUGUCCCUAGAAUGAUACAUUGUGUCAUAUCAGAAUGUUGUUAAUGUCCCCAAACAUCUCACUUAAUUCAAGAUUUACUCAUUUAUUUAUUUUAACCCUACGAUCUUGACAUUUUUUGCUUCUGGACCUGUUGUCAUAAUCUCAGGCAUAAUUAUACCAUUCUUUAACCAAAUGCUUCGGAUAUCUCAUUCUAGUUUUCUCUUAAACAGUUGUUGGAAUAGUUAAAUGUUAGUAAGAACUCUGUGUUGGUGGUAGUUCCCUGCCGCAAACACGAUGUGUAGCAUCUAGCAGGAUGGCUACAAUGCCAAAAUGCGUCUCACUAUUCUCAGUUUCUGGACAGAUCAGCAGUAUUGUUAAAAGCAGUGUAAAGAAGUCCACUUUGACAAUGACCAUAUGAAAAACAUUGAUAUUAUUUACUGUUAAAGGUUCUCUGAUAAAGCAACUGAUUUAUCUCUGAUAGGUUAGUUUUAGGUUAUAUAGAUAGUGACAAAACUACGUUUGAAGGGAAGUGGAACCAGGUGUUAGCAGGAAAAUAUCAUGUUUGAGGAUGUAACUUUAGUGGUUUUGUAUACAAAUGUAUAACCUUUAAAGAUCUGGACUCUUUUUAACAAUUAAAGAGAUGACUCAGUUUAAAUAAUUGAAACAUUCUAGCAAUAUUGAGAGCUCUCUUCGAAAUAGAGGACAAGACUACAAACCUAUAAUUAUAUGUGUUACUUGUUGAAAUAGGCAUCUAAGUAUAGUUCUGGGUUUAUGUCAAAUCAACGGAUAAAGGAAAAAAAUAACACCCGGGUCAUCUCUGCUUUGAAUUCUAGUAGUAAUUUACCAGUUACACAUGUUUUAAAAUGGACUGUUUGAUACUUAUUGUACAGAGUUUAGGAAUAAUUUUUAAAAAAAAGUCUUAGGGUUUUUCUAUCUGAGCAUUAUUUAUGAACCAGCAGGAAUCUGUGCUAGCAGGGCUGAUGCUAAUGUGCCAGAAGUGGCUAACCAGCUAGCCUUUAGCUUAACAUUCCUGUACUCGUGCUUUGGUGAUGCACUGUUGAGCAGAAUACGUUAUUUUAGUGCCUGAUUACUGAAUACCUCAUCUUAAAUGUAACAUACAGGCGAAUAUUGAAAACAAAAGAGAAAUAUGACAUAUUCAGAAUUUUUUUAGAAUACUCCGCCAGAAGAGCGGCUUUCAUGUUAAACAGGUUAUACUACAAUCUUUUUUUCCUAUUACUUACAGAUCAUUAACAUAUAUGAUCAUUUUAUAUUAUUAAAAUUAACAUACUAAAAUCUAUUAGCAGGUUAAUGGUUUACAUGUAUAACAUGGACCAUAUUAAAAUAUAUAAAAUCUUUACGGUUUCUACCAAACUUUAGGUAAAAUAACGGGUUUGAUUGUCUGCUUGUUAAGUAAUCAGGUAUUAAACCCUGUUUCCAGGUCUCAAAGCUCAAGACAUUGAACUUAGGAUCACAUUUUUUUCAUACUAAGCAAUCCAAAACAUGCAGUAACAUAUUGAUUAUUAUUCAUGUGUAGUGGAUGGUUUCAUCUCUGACCUCUAGGCUGAUGUUUUAUCUGUGUCCAGUGUUUUCUGUCUGCCAUAUGAAGCCUAUAUCUGCCAGCAGGGAAUCCUCUUCCAUUUUUUAUUGAGAACAAUUUAACCCUCAUCCUACAUCCUCAUCCCUGUGCUGAUGUGUUGAUAUUAGCCUACCUAUUGCUCUGUAGCUAGCUAAAAAGGAGUAGAUCAUUAUGUCAACUAACCCAACUUCAGUGACCCUCUAUAUGUUACUGCUAGUUUACAUUCCAGUCUUCAUUUGCAUCUAGAGUUACAGAAGUCCUGGGUGUCUGUAGGCUUUUCAGAAAGAUGUCAGUAAAAACAUGGUAUAUUGUCUUUAAAUGACAACUAUUUCAGUGACUAAAGUUAGCUUACUGCUAACUCUGCCAAACCCCAUAGAUCAUUGUUUUAAUGGAUGCCUGGAUAAUGAAUUAUAACACCUGGAGAACGCCACACUGAUAAUUUUAUUGGAACCUAGACCUUUAAAAAACAAAAAAAACACUGCUCAGUGCUCAGAAAGGGCAUUUGGACCUGGAAAUGGCUGAUGAUGUUAGGCUUAAAAAAAUAAAAAUAAAAAUCGUAAAUUUUUAUCUGACCGUUUCAAAUAUAAUUGAAACUGUCAUGAAACGGUCAUGUUUCAAUUAUAUUUACGAUCUCAUCGCUUUCUCUUGCUAAAGUCUAGUGAUUAAUCAGUGCAUGACACAUACCAGAGAAAGUGUAUGCCACCUAAAAUGGUACAGAUACUUAAGAAGUGUGACAGAGUCAAGAAAGAAAACAACAAAAACAAAUUGCUUUAGUUGAGAUAUUUUUCAAGAUAAAAUAUUUGAUAGAAGUUUGGUUGAAGGACAGGAAAACCUAAAGCUACUGUACAAUCCUUUUAAAUAGUAAUAAUAAUAGUAAAAAAAAAAGGAAAAGUACCGGUUCUGACUAAACAUUAUCUUCUAUAAGCUGUCAAUAAAUACUGAAUAUAAAGGCAAUAAGUUCUGAUGGAACAAUAAAAUUUAAUGUUUCAUCAAAGGAAGAGGUAUCUACCCAUCUCUCUAUCUAUCUCUCUAUCUGUCUGUGAAAGAGCUAAGAGAUCUCUUCCAUCGCCAAAGCACAUUCGUGAAAACAACAAUACAAUCAUCAAAUAAAACUUGAUAAUUAUCUCUUUCCAGUCUUCAUUUUUUUUCUGCCGUAUACCUGCUUUUGCAUAACUGUUACAGGUUUUUGUAAAAGACGGAGGUUUUGUUGGCGCAAACGUAUGUUCAGUGUUUUCUUUUUAUUUAUUCUGUUGGUAAGUUCUGUGUCUGAAAACCUGAUUUUUCUGAGUCUGCCUGUCGAAUGUCUGUGAGCUGCAUGCAACUGGACCGCUUCACGUCUGCUGUUUGAGAUGGAUUUUUUAAAAGACAAAACAUUCAAAAAGGGAGAAAAAGAAGGGGAGAUGUUCCUCCUGCUGGCUUUUGUCUCGCAGUGCAGUGAACCUGGGUUAAUUCUGCUACUCUUGUGUUUCUGUUGUUCAAUUAUUGUAUUCUUUGACCUGUUGAAAAUUCAUAUGGCACUCUUCUUCAACUUACAAAGUGCUUACAAAGACUUUUUUUUUUUAAUUUUUUUGAAUGUUGUAUUUAAUUUGCUUUUUUUGUUUUACUUCCACUGCGAUUUGCCCUCUAUGGCGACAUGUAUUCUAACCUCAAUGAGGGACUUGUACAGUGUUACCCUCCAUUUCCCCUGUUCACUUUGGUAAGAGUCAGACCUCGGCCACAUUACCUACCUAAAGUCAGUUUCAUCUCUCCAGUUGAGAGAUCAGUCAUAACACUCCAAACAAAGCCUGCAGGUCUCCAGUCUUUCCUCAGAGGUACAGCUGUUCUGGAAGGAGAAACACUGUCAUUGUUUGGGGCUAAACUUGAGAAGCACCAGCUGGUAGAUUCUAAUAUACAUUUACAUUUGGACUUCUGCUAACAAAAUUAUUCAUUUUACAUUAAUUAUAUAUUAAUAAGCAGGUUAAUAACCUCAAAAAAGCAUUUGCGAAAUUGUAUUGUAUUAUUGGUGUGUCAUUACUGGUUAGAGAAAUGACAGACUUUUCUUGCUAACAGUAGCUUUAAAAGAUUUAGGGGCUUCUCAUAGCUCAAGGUUUCCACCAGUGUACAGCAACAGUGAACUAAAAAAAUAUGUUGUAUAAUUUAACAGUAAGAUGCAUUAUGACUAUGAAUGCUGUGGGAAGAAACAAUAUUUACAUGUCUUUGAAUGUGGCAUGGUUGUUUGAGUAUUUUAGAAACUGCCACACAGGGAUCUCCAGGGUUUACAAAAAUGUUCCAAAAAAAGAGAAAAUAUCCAUUCAGUGGCAGUUCACUGAGUGAAAAUGUCUUGUUAAGGUCAGAGGUUGGAACUGAUAGGAAGGCAACAGUAACAGUAACACUGUGCCAUUCCUUUCAGCUAAGAGUGGGGGAGCAAGAUAGCAAUUCACAUGGGAUCACCAAAAUUGGACAACAGAAGAGAGAAAAAACAUUUCCUGAUCUGAUCAGUCUCAAUAUCCGCUGUGACAUUCAGACGAUAGGAUCAGAAUUUGACAUAAACAAAGCAUCUUGCCUUCUAUUAACAGUUCAGGCUGGUGAUAGUGUUAUAUUGUGAGGGAUAUUUUCUUGGCACAGUUUGGGCUCUUUGUACCAACUGAGCAUCAUUUAAUGUGACUGCCUACCUGAGUAUUGUUGCUGACCGUCUUCUGAUGGCUGAUCAGAGUUCAUUGUAUUCACAUGGUUCCCAACAGUCACCAAAUCUCAAUUUAAUCGAGCAUCUUGGGUGGAAAACGAGAGUCACAUCAUGGAGGCGUAGCUGAAUAAAAUCUGCAGCAACUGUGCGAUGCUUUCUUUUAAUAUGCACCCAAAUAUCUGAGGAAUAUUCCCAGAACCUUGUUGAAUCUAUGCCAUGAAGAAUUAAUGCAGCUCUCAAGGCAAAGGUGGGUACAACCCAGUGGUAGCAAAUUGUACUUAAUAAAGUGACCAGUGAGCACAUAUACUGCCUGUGCUUCAGAAUUAGUGUUGGAGUGAUAAGAAAACCCUGAAGCUACAGCCAGUUAUCUCAGAGAAAUAAGGAACUGCUUGUCUUGCUCGGCUCAAAGACGGCAGCAUAAGCCAAUAAAUUGGGCUUGAUUGAUCAACAGGUUAUGGUUUGAGGUGUAGUGUCCACUAGCAAAAAAAAUCAUCUAUUACACUUUACUUUGUGCACCAAGGAUGAUAAUAUAUUUAUUUAAAUAACAAUUGGUGCUUUAUUUUUUUAACUCUAGCUGUUUUUUGCUUUUUUGAGGCUCCACCUGUGAGGUUUAACUCAACCAGAAGGAUUUAUCCCAAGGGAGCAGGUCUGCCUCUGAGAGCUGACCUGCUUCAAAGAAACAUUUGUAAAACUAAAUCUAAUCUCUGCACCGUGAUUUUUGGGGUGUAAUAAUGUGGCCGGGGUCUGAACUGUGGCUGUGUUACAUAAUAAUACUUUAUGCCUUGUGGCUGUAUGAAAUGGCCCUACGACUAUGGACCUGCUGUCCACUGGUGAGCUACUUGUGUGUAUGUGAAUAUAUACACACACCUUGUUGGUAUUUAUUUAUUUAUAUAUGUAUUGUAUGUAUUGAUUUGGUUAUUUAUUAAUUUAUUUAUUCCUGUGUCCUAUUUAAUGGUUGGGCACCUGUGACGUAUUUGACAGUCGUCAAUACAUUGGUGUAUGGUGUUGAGUAUGGGAGGGGUGGUGAUUAGGGGGAGGAUGAAGGGGUAUUUUGGGGGGUUUGCGGGUGGGGUUGGUCAAUGGAAAAAAUCUAGCUGUGAUACUAACUCUAACUGUUGCUCUCCUCGUAUUGGACGAUGAUAUAAUCUAAGACCACUGUAUGUAUAACUGCUUGUCGUGAAGAUGAACUACAAUGUAAUGACAAUAAAGAUAAACACUAUGAUGACAUGGUUCAAA